UAAAUUUUUGUAAUAGUUAUAAUGAUGAAAAGUAAUGAAGAAUUGUGAAAUAAAUAAACAGAAAAGUAAAUAAAUAACUUGAUGAAUCCGGUCAGCCGCUUUGUUUAUAUAGCGUGUAUGGUUAGCGGUUCAACACGUGCAACGUAUGUUAUAUUGGUCAAAAAAUAAUUAAUCAUUUUCCCUCUUAUAUUUGGCUUGUAAACUUUGAUGUAACUAUUGCUGAAUAGUCGAUUGUAAUGCUGGAAUAGAUACUGUGCCAAGUUAAUCUCGCGUUUGAAGAAAAAAAUUAAAUAAAAGUUCGCGUUUUUGUAUUUGAUAUUUAAAAAAAAAAAAAUUAAAUAGUGUAAAAGUAUGUACGAAUAAAGUAGAAAAUAAAUAAUUUUAAGUGAUAAAGAAAUGGUUUAAAAAAUCGGACAAAUAAUGUAACGAAAAAUUUAAAAAAUCGGAAUAUUUUGUCAGAAAAAAAACUAAGUGCUUCAAGCGCAAUGACCGGAAUUAAAUUAAUGAGGGAAUGGAAAAUCUUUGGUCUUCGAGAGCUUGUAGUCGCGUAGAUGCAAGCAUUAAGCUACAAAGAACAGUUGUAUUACAAGAGAUGAAUGAUAAAGGUGGAUCUAAAAGAAGGAUCAGAUGACAAUUGAGCGGUGAGCUGUGUCAGAUUGACCCUAAAGGUGAUAGAUAAACGUGGAUAUAGCUAUGUAGAGAUAUACAUCACCAUGAAACUAUGUUUGCAAUUAAUUAUUGCCCAGCGAUAAUGACGUUGGAGCCACUUUCGACGGGUGGCAGUCCAACGUUGCUACAUCGUGUUUUCCUCACCCCAACGAAUUUCGUCUUACACUCCUCAACGGCCUUCCAACCAGACUCCAAGAUUCGCGACUCUAAGUCUUUCGACUUCACAUCUUACUGCACGACUUCGUCUGUAAGAUUCCAAUCUCUUAACAUGGUGGAUUCAAAAACUAUCAGGGACAUCGGUGAGUGCACCGUUAGUCCUGGCAGAGGAAACGGAGGAAGAGGAGGAAGAGAAGGACGCUUAACAGCGCCGAGAAUGUCAUUAUUAGGUCGUCCAAUAAACUAUAGGGCGACAAGAAGAGAUGCCCGGUAUCGUAGACUCCAGACCAACUUCUAUAAUUUUCUUGAACGGCCUCGAGGCAUUUAUGCCAUCACCUACCAUAUGAUUGUAUUUCUCAUGGUCUUCAUGUGUUUGGUGCUUUCGGUCUUUAGUACAAUAGACGAAUACGAAAAAGAAGCUGGAAUGUUACUUUAUUACAUGGAGCUUAUUGUUUUAGUUUGGUUCAGUGGCGAGUUUUUUUGCAGGCUUUGGUCGUCAGGAUGUCGGUCACGUUAUCAAACAGCUAUUGGAAGACUAAAAUUUCUUCGACGGCCAUUUUGUAUCAUAGAUAUAAUAACAAUAAUGGCGAGUAUUGUAGUACUUGCUAUGAGAAGCAGUGGUCAAGUAUUUGCCGCAAGUGCUCUUCGAGGUCUUCGAUUUUUUCAAAUACUUCGAAUGGUUCGUAUGGACCGACGUGGUGGUACUUGGAAGCUUUUAGGUAGCGUCGUUUAUGCUCAUCGUCAGGAGCUCUUCACCACUCUAUACAUUGGUUUCCUGGGAUUAAUUUUCGCAAGCUUCCUAGUAUACCUCGCUGAACGUGAUGACGAACACUUUAAUAACUACGCAAAAGCUUUAUGGUGGGGUGUGAUCACGUUGUGUACUGUUGGAUAUGGAGAUGCUGUGCCAAAAACGUGGCAAGGAAAGAUAAUAGCAUCUUUUUGCGCACUUUUAGGCAUCUCUUUUUUUGCUUUGCCUGCUGGUAUUCUUGGAUCGGGUUUUGCCCUUAAAGUACAACAGCAACAACGUCAAAAGCAUAUGAUUAGAAGACGUCAGCCAGCUGCUACUCUUAUUCAAGCUCUUUGGCGGUGUUAUGCAGCUGAUGAACACAGCGUAAGUGUAGCUACAUGGAAGAUUCAUCAGGUGAUUUUGCCAUCUAGUCCGCCUAGUCGUUUAUCGUCCAGUUUCAAACACAACGCAUCAUUUGUCAGUCGACUACCGACAAUUCGUCGCCAUAAGAGUACCUCGCUUCAUAGUCCAAGUGCUCACAAAUUGACACAUCACAACUACCAACGUAGUACUACUGCAACUCGUACAUUUACCGAUCUCAUUUCUUCAGCAGAGAAUUUAGGAGUUAACAACCAUCAGCAUGGCAUCAUUUGUAAUGAUAAUAAUGAAUCUUCUAUACCUUCGAAAAAUCUUAAUGCCAGUUACUCGGAAGAUUCAGUGAUUGAGACGUCAUUAUCGAAAAAAAAUUCAGAUGAUGAAGAUGAAGAACCUCGUUGCGUUCACUUGACUAAACAACACAAAACUGCAAUUCGAGCUAUAAGAAAGAUGAAGUACUUCGUGGCGAGGCGCAAGUUCAAAGAGGCUCUGAAGCCCUAUGAUGUAAAAGACGUGAUUGAGCAGUACAGUGCAGGACAUGUUGACCUCAUCAGCCGCGUGAAAAAUAUUCAAAAUAGAUUAGAUCAAAUACUUGGAAGACAAGGAUCGAAAGCCAGGGACGUGUAUGUAUCAAAAAUCAGUCUUGCAUCAAGAGUAGUAAAAGUAGAACGACAGGUUGAUGAUAUUGAAACAAAAUUGGAUCAAUUAAUUGAAUUAUAUGCGGAAGAUCGUAAACGUUUUUUAUCACUUCCAUUGCCGAAAGGUGAUUCUUCUCAUGUACCUUAUUCACCAUUGAGUGUAACUGAAGAAACGGAUGUUACUGUUUUAAAGCCAAUUCUUAUUGAUAAACAAUUAUCAGAACCCAGUUCUCCUACUUCAAAAAUACUCCGAGAUCCUAAGCAAGUUAAACCACGUCAAAUACAUCGAGGUUAUUCAGAUCUUGGAACUAGGGUCAAAAAACGAGUCACUCUCAGCUCGACAACAUCGCACUUGAUACAUUUAGAUGAAGCAAUGCCAGCCAAAUCUUCAACAGCAUACUCCUCGACAUCAUUAUCACCUUCCAAAGAAGAUGGUGUUGUGAUUAUUGUGCCUACUCUUUUAGACAAAUCUGACCAUUCUUUAACUCAUCGGAUAUCUAAUCUAAAUGGUGAUUAUGUUACAGUGGAAUGUGAUCCCAAUAGAAUAGAAGGAUCUGACUACAACACUGAAAAUGAAACGGAAGAUACUUGUGAAGAAGUUGCUCUUCUUAACAUUUCCGAUUCUCCACCAACUAUUUUACCGAGUUCCAUUGAUCCUGGGGGUAAUAUUGAUCAGAUAAAGUAAUUAAUUACGAAGCCGACCAAUGAGAUUAGUGAAAUAGAUUUACUAGUGGUAUUAGUUUUACAUUAUAUAAUUUAGUUAUUUAAAAACGGAAAAUAAUAUAAAUUUGAUCCUAAAUAAAAUAGCCUCACACUAUAAAAUGAUAUUACUUUAAAAGAAGCACUGAUAAUAUCCAAAUAAGUCUGUGAAUCGCGAAAUAUAUUUAUAUUACAGGGACAAUAUAAUGUAUCACUUACAAUACAUAGAAUUUUAAACAUGUAAAAAAAAUGAAAAAAACAAAAAAAACGGCCUCUCAUAUAUUUAUGUCAAUUUUAAUUAGUCCAUAAAUAUUUUAUUUAUAUUCUUCAUCAUUGUGUCUGUAUUAAAUACGUGUACUUAA